AUGGGGCCUGGUGUGCCCUUCUCUGUGCUCUGCCUCCUGCUCCUGCUGCUUCUACCCCUGCCUCUCCUCAGUGCAGAGAGCCUCCCAGACCCCAGCCCACAACCCCACGAGGGCCUUGGAAGCUCCUCCCAUCUCCGUGACCAAGAGGCCCAGCAACACUGGCGCCACAGUCAGAGAGAGAGAGAUUGCUGGGGUGCCUUCGACCUCUACUUCAUUCUGGACAAGUCUGGCAGUGUGGAAAACAACUGGAUUAACGUUUAUUCAUUUGUGGCAGACUUGGUGGAAAGAUUUAAAAACCCCAACCUGCGCAUGUCCUUCAUCGUCUUUUCCCGAGACGCUGAAGUCAUCAUGCCGCUCACCGCAGACAGAGUCGAAAUCCACAAUGGUCUUAACAAACUCCAGUGGGUGGCCCCUGGAGGCUACACACUCAUGCAAGAAGGGUUCAAACAGGCAAAUGAGCAGAUCAAGAUAUCCCGCUCUGGAGGCAGGAAAAUUGCCAGCGUGAUCAUCGCACUGACUGAUGGGAUGCUGAUGAAAGAACCAUUUAAGAAGACAAAGGAGGAGGCUGACAAGUCCCGGAGCAUGGGGGCCAUCGUUUAUACUGUGGGUGUGCUGGACUAUGACAAAGACCAGAUGAUGGAGAUUGCGGACACGCCAGGACACAUGUUUGGGGUGAACGGUGGCUUCAGGGGUCUGCAGGACAUCGUGAACUCACUGGUCUCGAAGUCCUGUCUCGAGGUGACAUCGGUGGAACCAUCCUCCCCAUGCGUGGGAGAGCCCUACAUGGUGGUCUUCACUGGACAAGGUUUUCAUAAUGCAAAAGGCCCAGACCACGUUAUUUGCAGAUUCAAGUUCAGUGCCACCAGCAUCUUCGAUGAAAAAGCCAACAGUGUGGAAGACUCUUCUAUAAUGUGUCCUGGACCAAAGAUAGAUGAGACUGGACAGGAGCUCUCUGUUGAACUCAGCCUGAACAGUGGUGCCAGCUUCAUCGGGAAUAAAUUCAAUCUCACCAGCACUGACUGUGUGAAGACCACCACCAGGAAAAUCCCAGAAAAGAUCAAACCCUACCUGAAAUUCCUGCCGGCUCUGCUUCUGAUCCCAGUGCUGCUGCUGUUCUAUUGUUGCUGGAGGCUGCGGAGGAGGAAGCACCCCAAGAAGCCACCACCUCUGCCUGAGCCUGAAACACCAGAGAAAGAGCCACCAUCCACACUCCAGCAAGAAAAGGAAGAAGAAAAAAGGCCUCCCCCUCCCCCUGCGCCUCAGCAACCUCCCCCUCCGCCUCCCCCUGUGAACACCAGUCCCACGGUGAUCGUCUCCUGCUGCGGGUGCGGGUCCAGAAAUGGGGAGGGCAGUGUGGAUCCCUGCUGCAACUAUGCCUACCCAACCUGUCACCCAGAGCCUAUGACAUGGUGUCAGCCACGAGUCCCGGGGCGGUACACCAACAUUACCCUGUUGAAUCCCCACUGUGGGCAGGCCUCUUAUGGCCAGGCCUCUUGUGGCCAGAAGAUCUGCGUCCAACCCAGCAGGAAGUGCCACCACCUUACACAGCAACACUGUGCCUCUAGGAACUGUGCUCAACCUGGCAGAGAGUGCUACCCCAUCCCCCGGGCAGCAUGCAUCCCAAGGACCUAUCUUCAAACAAGCAGGGAGUGUUUCCCCAUCCCAGAAGUACCUUGCAGCCCCAGGAUUCACCUACCGCCCAGCCAGGAGAACCUCCCGCUCAAUAUCUAUGCGCAGUGCAACCUUCCGGCCAAUUGCUCCAAGUGUCCUUCCAGGAUCCUGCCACUGCUCUCUCCCUUUGCCCGGAAAUCCGCAGAAUCUAUUGGUCACUCCCAUUCCCAACGCCCAGUCUCUAAAGGUACUAAAAUCUAUGACUAA